AAUAAUCCACCUAUAAAUAACAAUCAAACAAAUAUGGUAAAAUAUGGACCCCCGAUUUUUAAUGAAUAUCCUGGUGAAGAUCCAGAAGAUUGGCUUAGAGAAUUUCGAAGAUAUGUAGUGGCUAGUCGAAUAAAUAUUACUCCUGGUGUUGAAAAAGUCGCUGAAAGAGCAGAGGCAUUAGGGUUGGCAAUAUUAUGUUUUGCUGGACCUGCAUUGAUUUGGUAUGAAACUUGUAUUAAGGAUAGGAACUGGAAAUAUAAUAAUCUUUUAGAUAAUUUAGGAGUGGUUAACUUAAAUGCUGCUGUCACAGAAAUUGAUAGAAUUGGUGCAGGGGUUGCAACCGGUAUUGAUAUUAUUUCAAUAGGUACUUUGGAGGAAGAUUGGUCUAUAGCUACUGGCAAGCUAACAAAUGAUAUAUCAGUUGCACUAAAUACGGGUGAAGGUUUUUUUGCUAUUACAAUCACCCCUAACAUUACUCUUGGACAAUUCUUAUAUUUGGUUAAAAUUGUCUAUACAUCGGUUAAGCACUUAAAACAAAUGAUAGUUUUUGGUCAACUUGUGCAAGGAAAUAUGACAGUUGAGCAAUUUUUCACUAGAAUCAAAAAAAUAGGUAAACUUGUUGAAAUGACUCCCAAACAACAAAAAAAGCAAUUUAUUUGUGAAUUAUCUCCUAUGAAUCAAUACAAUAUUCGUAUAAUGGCCAAAUUUAAUGAUACACAAAAUAAUAUUGCAGAAAUAUUGGCCGAAACAGAAAAAUUUACAUUAUCUCAAGAAUGUGCACCAUCUUCUUUUCUUAUUUUCCCUGCCAUCAACCCUUAUAAAAAUGCUAACAAAUUAGAAAUAUUUAAAACUGAAGUUGAAAAUUUAAUAAAAAAUGUAAUGGCAUCCAUACAAUCCCAGUUUAUUUCUUUGCAACCCGUUUCUUAG